AACCUUCAUUUCAAACACUAAACACUUUUUGCUCUUACCAGAGAGAGCAAGGAUCUCUAUGGUUUUAUCUUAUAAGAAACUUCGUUUCCCAAAGCAGAAAAGUCCGAAGUCGUCCGAAGAUUCCUUGAGAUCUAUCAAAAAUUUUGUUUGCUUAAGAGGUUAUGUGCCUUGCUCUUCCCGGUUAUAACUCCGGAGUGUUUCACCGUUCCGAUAAGUAUGCCCGGAAGCGAGACGAAAACUCGAAACCCCGAAAACCAUGCGAGGAUUAAAUCCCUGCAUAACGUCGUGCAUGCUGACCCAAGUGGUAUGGAUCAGGUAGGAGGCUACAAACACGAGAAUGACACACUAUUGUUUUUAAUCAGUUACAUUGUUACAUAAAACCUAUUUACACCGUCCUCUUUAACAAAAAAAAAUAUUUGGGUCUGUAGUCAAUCAAAAAUCUUUGUGUAUAGUUGGAUUACAAUUGUUUUUUACGUAUACAAUUAACUAAGAAUCAAAUAUAUUUAGAGUUUUGUAUUUAUAUUGUCGUUAUCUGUAAUGCCCCCCAAACCUAAGGAUGCUAAGAAGCCCUCGCCACCUGUCAACCGGCCUGCUAUAAGCGAUUCAAGCCUGGUGUAUGUUCCUGAAGAUGCUGUAGAAGGCUUUGAAGAACGCAUAGAAACAGGCAUCGAUUGGACAUUAUUAGAAGCUGGCGCUCGACAUCACAGAGAAAUCGGUAAAAGAGAGGAUUUACCAACUGUCACCUUCUCAAAGGCUCUAGAAACAAAAAUAAACAAUAGCAUUCUCUACGGCUUUCUAGACAAACAUUCAGGCUUGACCCUUGAACAGAACUGGGAAUUUCUGCUACCAGUUACAUUAUGGGAUAACGAGAAAUUUGCUACCGAAGAGGGGAAAGUAUGUUUCCACAAUGCUAACUGUGUAACAGACGACUUGGUGAAAUUAAUCAAGAGGACUGUUAAAGCCGGCAAUCGGAAGGUUCUAAGGCAUGACUUUAAGAUGUUGCAUACACUAAGAGUUAAUGAUUCUCAGAUGACAGAUUUAGAUGAAGGCCUUUUAGGUUUCAAAGAACUAAUAUCUCUGAAUUUAUGUGGGAAUUACUUAAAUACUAUAGAUACAUCCUUAAUUCCACCUUCUCUGCGUAGCCUUGAGCUUCAAGCGAAUCGCAUCAAACAGGUUGAAGACUUUGCUGAGGGCUUGCCCGCUGAUCUAGUAUACUUGGGUUUGGCAAGAAACUUUUUUACUUCAGAAACUAUUUUGGGGUUAUCACGAUUGCCUUACAAGUUGACGGUCUUAGAUUUGUCAGACAACGACAUCUAUCAUUUGGAACCAGUACUAGAAGCUGUUUCAUUGCUACCGUAUCUCACAGCUCUAUCGCUAGCAGGGAACCCUUGCGCGUAUUCUUCUGGAUAUGCUCGAACUACUUUAAUGAAAUUAGUUCGUUUACAAUGGCUAGAUUACCGAGAAGUUUUACCAACGGAUAGACCCAUGGAGCCUAUUGAUACGCAUCCUGAUGAUUUGCGAUCCACAUAUUUUAAUUUCGUCGUAUAUCGAGUAAUGGCAGCCCCUCAACCACCGAAAGCUGAAAAGGGAGCAGCUACAACAUUCCAUGUAGAAUUGGAGAUACCGCUGUUAGAUGUGGUGAGGAGGAGGUUCCUGAUGUUUAGGCGAAAUGAAUCUCUUAUUGACAUGCUGCCUCCACCAGAAGACGAUGAGUGGGGAUCUGCGGCAGGACCCCCUCCACCACCACCACCAGUAAUUGAUAGCAAAGCGGUUAUGGGCGAGGAGUCGGAAGUUGGAUCAAAUAUUUUCGACCAUAUGGAAUAUAAAAAUACCCGCGAGAUUCAUAACUUCACGACGUUCGAAAGCAACCGCGUCCAAUGGAGCAAGCUCAUGAACUUCCAAGAACCACUUGUAAGGAUCUUCUGUCCCGACCUGUCCGCCGUGAGGGACACCUUCCGGUCAGCCAUCACUUGUAGACUGAUUUAUUCCGUUACCUACGCACCAACGAAACCUGGUCGUAACGACAGGAAGAGCUCGCAUGUCCUGAGGAUGCCGGGGGAGAUGCGAGUGGUGAUUGCCACGAUGAAGUGCUCCCUCAAGGCCGUGGACUGGAGCCAGCCCUACCAGCACUUCCACUGGGACGACUCACUCGGGACAGAAAACGCCAUCCACUGGGGUGAAGGAGACCUUUCUGUCCUGCAAUACAGUCAAACGCCUGUCAAAGCACCCAAAGGAAAAACAGACGGAGCUGAAGCUGGCUCCCGACAAACUACGCCUGACAACCUGACUUGCCAUUUCGGCAUCGGAAUAGAAACAUUAAAAGUUGCUUAAUAGGAUUAUUUGUACUUUACUAUGUCAAAUCAGUUUAGUAAUUAAAUAUUUUUAAGU